AGUCGUUACCAUCACCGGCUCAAGCAAUUGUGGCUGAGGUCCCUUUCACAGGCCUGCUGAAUUGUUUCAUUAAUUCGACAAAGGAAGGCUCUCGCCUCAUCAAGCAGUACGUUCCAAGUUGUUGGUAGGUAUGGUUGCAGCUGGAUUUUAUCACACAAGUCUGAUCAAGAGUGAUGGUCGAGCAGUGGCAUUUGGCGACAAUCGUUCCGGACAGUGCGACAUUCCAGCGCUAGAAGCAGGUAUGACCUACACGCAGGUAGCUGCAGGAUUCGGGUGCACAAUUCUGCUCAAGAGUGAUGGCACAGUGGUGGCUCGUGGGAGUAAUCCGUGUGGUAAGUGUGACGUUCCACCCCCUGAUGCAGGCUUGAGGUACACACAAGUGGCUGCAGGAGACAACCAUACGCUUCUGCUCACAAGCGAUGGCGCAGUUGUGGCACUUGGAGACAAUCACUUUGGACAGUGUAACAUUCCAGCCUUGGAUGAUGGUCUCAAGUACACGCAAGUGGCUGCAGGAUUCUUCCACACUGUCAUGCUCAGAAGUGAUGGUUCAGCCGUGGCUUGCGGUGACAUGGACCAGGAAAAGUGUGAUAUUCCAGUUCUUCCUGGAGGCCUCGCAUACACUCAAGUUGUUGCGGGAGACAGUCACACAGUUCUGCUCCGAAGCGAUGGUGUAGCUGUGGCUUGUGGCAAGAAUCAUUUCGGACAGUGUAGUCUUCCAGCUCUGGAUGGAAGUGCAACGUACACACAGGUAGCUGCAGGUUUCCGUCAUACGGUUCUGAUAAGGAGCGACGGAGCGUGUGUGGCAUGCGGGGACAAUCGCCUCGGACAGUGCGACAUUCCAGCGUUGGACGACGGCUUGACUUACAUUCACGCUGCUGCAGGAUUCCAGCACACGCUCUUGCUUCGAAGCGAUGGGACAGCUGUGGCCUGUGGUGACAAUGAGUUCGGCCAGCUCAAUGUACCAUGGCUGCAGCAUCGGACGGGGUGGCCUGCAUUGGACCUUAGGCACCUUUGCUACGUAGCACCCCCGUCAUGUUCAUGCACGUUGCCGGCCCUAGUUCUGCAGGCAGUGCUCGAUGGCACGUCGAUCAAGUUCGUCACCCUGGGCGGGGAGAAGCUCUGCCAGAUCGAGGAGCUGGCCGGCGGCUGCAUGAGGAACGUGCUGCUCCAAGUGUCGACCUUGCUCUCGGGGGCGAGGGGCAUGGUGAAGGCCUGGAAGUCCGACGUCCUCUUGCUGGGAAGCGACCUAUCUGGUGAUUAGCAGAACGCGCCUUCCCAGAUGAUGGCGUAGUGGGCAUCAGCAGUUCCUGCUCUUCGUUUGAGUGCAUUCGCACUCGUGAGCCAAGUGGUGGCGCGGCUUCCUGUGGCAAAGCAGUCCAGGCGGGGCCAGGACAUAUUUUUCAUCGAGGGUUCGUAGUGUUUGCCAGAAGCGCGAUGCAUGCUUUAGUGGUUGGAACGAGCGCAGGGGCUGUUCACGACGCCUCGCAAGGUUUUGUGUUCAAAGCAGUGCGCAGUAUUCGGCCCGUUGUCAGUCCAGGCGGGGCUAAGAAAUAUUUUUCAUCGAGGAUUCGUAAUGUUUAUUGGAAGCGCGAUGCAUGCUUUAAUGGUUGGAACGAGCGCAGGAGCUGUUCACGACGCCUCGCAAGGUUUUGUGUUCAAAGCAGUGCGCAGUAUUCGGCCCGUUCUCACGCAUCGACGUUCUCUCUCCUUUUCUUCUUAUUUUGUUCUUUCUCUCCCGCACUCUGUUUCUCUAUCUCCCUGUACACCCAGCUGCCUGCGGCAAGUCCCGCCGCCGUUCCAGCCCAGCAUUCCGGCUUGCGAUUGUUCGAGGGGGG